AACUUGUCGGGCGCUGAGCGCGUAACCUGGCUGCCGUAAGAAAUCUGCGGAGGAACUGCGCGCUCCCGAGCGAGUUUGGUGCUGUUUUAGUGCUCUUCAUGUGAAUUGUCGGUACCCUCAACAGUUAUGGGGAGCAUCUUAUUGACCAGAAAGCUGAAUGCUGUAAUUGUGCCACGUUAAGGAGCUUUAAACUACUUUAAUUGAAAAACAACAUAACUUUAGGUUUUUUUUUUUUCGGAAGCUGACUGAUGGGUUCCGGUGACUGAGUGCGUUUUUUUUUUUCAAGUCAGGAAAUUCGCUGCAAGGAGAUUAAAUUUACUUUGGAGCGAUGUGCAUGCGGACCCGAGCUCCUUCAAACACCGUUUCGUGAGUUUUUUUUUUUUUUGUAAGGUCCCUUUUUGUUUUUUCUUCUUCUUCUUCUUCUUUCGGAAAAGCGGGUGUGUCUCGACUUCAGCCGAGCUGCCCUCUCCGCGCUUGUCAAAACCAGACCGGACCGAAAAAAUACAAAGUUUUUUUUUUGAGGUGGGGGGGGGGCAGAGAUCUGGGCUGCUGUGGCGAAGGUCUUAUUAAAACCAUCAAAGCAGAGAUGGAGAAGACAUGACAUGCUCCGGUGGGAGUCUUCAGCGCCAACCUGCAGCUCUUUUCUGGGGGUGGAGGAGGGACACACUUUUGUUUUUAAAGAGGGUGUCCUCGUUUGCAGCGGUUUCCCUUCGCCUUUGGGGGAGAGAGAGAGAGAAAAAAAAUGGAGAUAACUGAUUUUCACAACUUCACCAUAACGUCACGGCUUUGCUUGCGCCGGGCUGCUCCGUCUUGUUUUUAAAACUUGACGGGUUUGCAAAGUCUGACGGACUCGUUUUAUUACUUCUCCGGAGUCCCCAGCCUCGACGCCAGAUCUGAUUAUAGCCCCCAAACCGGGGCAGUGAUUUCAUGAUUAUCUUUCUGCUCGACCGGACAAGCAGUUUUUGUUGGGGUUUUUUUUUUCUUCCGCGGUGCAUGAAAAUACGGAUCUUCUGUUUCCCACAGAUCGUUAACAUCGUUUUAACUUGAAUAGUUUCGAUAAGUGUUCUGGUUUUCCUUCUUUUUUUUUUUUUGGUAAUUAUUAUUUUGUGGAGGCCCUGCGCAUCUAUCUAUCGGGACUUUUGUGGAGAACAACAACAACAACAACAAAACAAUAUAUCCUUGCGUGAUAAGAAGACGGCGGAAAAAAAGUGCGAGUUUUGCAGGAAAGGCGUGCGAUCGAGAAAGCGGUUUCGUGUUGUUGUUUUUUUUUAUUCUCCCUCUCGCACGGACACCAGGAUUUCAUAAAUGCCUUGAAGUCGACUUUCUCCACCCCGGGACACCCCUUCCACCCGUUAACAACCCGUACAUGUGCAUUUUUUUAUUGUGGACUUCAGCGACACUCUGGAAGAAAAACUCGUGUUUUGACCCGAGGCCAAGAAAAAUGUUUGAACUUAAUUUAGCAGCAGACAUAGCCUGGCUUCGCUUUUUUCUCUCGGCAUGCUUGUCAGGAAAAUCCAAGACUGCAUUGGACGUUUUAUAGCUGUCUGGAUAUUUUCUUGUCAAGGGGAGGAAAAAAAAAAGCAAGCUGAAAACAACCCAGAAACGAAAUAGCACAGUUUCACUUUAAUUCGUUUCUCUUUUUUUUUGUUAACUUGUAAAUCUCUCGACAACCCGGGACUACAAGUGCUCUGACCGACAGGACUCGAGAUUUGUUUUUUUGUUUGUUUUUUUCCCAGUUUGGUUGUGUUUUGCAAGUCCCGCGACCAGUUAACGAGCCUUUCGGGAUUAAAAAGCGAUGUAUUUCGACAGCUAGCGAGGAUGCGUGACAACUGAGCCCCCUUUUUGCAAGCGACUGUCGGACUGCUCGCUUGUUCGGGAGAGUCACUUGCGGAGUGAGCUGCUGCUGUUUUGCUCGGGCAAGAGGCAAGCGUGUUACCCCAGGAGGAUCUUGGUGUAAUGCUGGGUGACGCUGAAGAACAGUGUCGUUGAAGAUCUGAGUGCAGCUGGGGUCUUUAAUCUACUUUACCAAAAUGACUGGUCUGUGCUCUUGCCUUCACCAGUUAAACACCUAUACCAACAAACCCUCCGACGAGCGACAAGCCCUGCACUCCAUCAUGAAGGACCUGGUGGCCUUGCAGAUGUCCAGACGGCAGGCCCUCUCGGGAUACGAGAUGGGGAAGAGCAAGGCCUCAAGCCAGUCCAACAGACAGGAUGAUGUAAGAAUAAAGUUUGAAUACAACGGGGAGAGAAGAAUAAUCAUGUUCGCCAGGCCAGUGCAGUACGAGGAGGUGAAGCAGAAGGUCAAAACUGUGUUUGGGCAGCAGCUGGAUUUACACUACAUGAACAAUGAGCUGUCAAUUCCCUUGCGAAGCCAAGACGACCUGGACAAGGCCAUUGAUCUGCUGGACCGGAGCUCCAACAUGAAGAGCAUUAAGAUCCUGUUAUUGAUGCAGGAACAAAACCACGCAUCAUCCCCAUCGCACGCCAGCCCAUGCAAACAGGUGCGCAUCAAGGCGUCACAGUCAGUGGGCGACGUCAACACAGUGUACCAGUCCUCCGAGCCCAGGGGGCGCCACCUCUCAGCCAGCUCCCAGAACACCGGCCGCAGCUCGCCUCCCCCUGGCUAUGUCCCGGAGAGACAGCAGCGGAUCGCCAGGCAGGGCUCCUACACCAGCAUCAACAGCGAGGGCGAGUUCAUCCCCGAGACCAGCGACCAGUGUGUUCUGGAUCCCUGGAGCAGUGCGGAGAACUCAGUGUCUGGGAGCUGCCAGUCCCUGGACAGCAGUGCUGACAGCCCUUCGUUUCGGAAAUCCCGGAUGUACCGAGCCAAGAGCUAUCCAGACAACAGGCAGGAGUACGCAGACCGAGAGAACCACAUCUAUGACAAAGUGGGCAAAGGCGGGACCUACCCACGGCGAUACCACGUGUCCAUGCAGCACAAGGACCACAGCGAAGGCCGAAGGACCUUCCCCAGGAUUCGGCGUCCCCAGGGAAACCUGUUCACGCUGGUGCCGUCUCGCCGCGCCCUCAACGACAGCGAGGAGAGCCUGGGGUCGGGCUGGCCGCUCUCCGACGGCCAGGGCCGCCUGAGGACCCAGGACAGGGCGGUGCCUCACAAGUCCCCCAGCGCGCCCCUGACGUGGAGGAGGGGGAAGCUGCUGGGACAGGGAGCGUUCGGGAGAGUCUACCUGUGCUAUGAUGUGGACACAGGGCGCGAGCUGGCCGCCAAGCAAGUGCAGUUUGACCCUGACAGCCCCGAGACCAGCAAGGAGGUGAGCGCCUUGGAGUGCGAGAUCCAGCUGCUGAAGAACCUUCACCACGAGCGCAUCGUGCAGUACUACGGCUGUCUGCGGGAUCGCAACGAGAAGACGCUGACCAUCUUCAUGGAGUACAUGCCCGGGGGCUCUGUGAAGGACCAGCUGAAGGCGUACGGAGCUCUUACUGAGAAAGUGACCCGGAAGUACACGCGCCAGAUCUUAGAAGGAAUGUCCUACCUGCACAGCAACAUGAUUGUCCAUCGUGACAUCAAAGGUGCAAACAUUUUGCGGGACUCCGCAGGGAAUGUGAAGCUGGGGGAUUUUGGUGCCAGUAAGCGCCUGCAGACGAUCUGCAUGUCCGGAACAGGAAUCCGCUCGGUGACUGGCACCCCCUACUGGAUGAGCCCGGAAGUGAUCAGUGGGGAGGGCUACGGCAGGAAAGCGGAUGUCUGGAGCCUCGGCUGUACGGUGGUGGAGAUGCUGACGGAGAAGCCCCCCUGGGCGGAGUACGAGGCCAUGGCCGCCAUCUUCAAGAUCGCCACCCAGCCCACCAACCCCGCGCUGCCUUCCCACAUCUCCGACCACACGCGCGACUUCCUCAAGCGCAUCUUCGUGGAGGCCAAGCACCGGCCCUCCGCGGAGGAGCUGCUGAGACACCCCUUCUCCCAGAUCCUGUGCUGAGCAGACCCCCGGGGCCGUGGCAGUCCCGCCUUCACAGGGGCACCUCCUGGAUGAAUGUGCAUUCCCUGCGGUCACCACAAGGGGGCACCAAGCUGCAGUGAGGAUGUCAGGUUUACUGAGGUGCAAGAUCCUUUGUAAAAAUGGUCAGGAUCCAGUACUUUCUUUCCUGUUAUUUUAAUAUGCAGUGGAAUAGCUGAGUUAAUGGCUGCUUCUGUACAGUGUUUGGGUUCACCUUUAAUGGGAUAACUGCCAUUAGUACACUGGGAUCCAACAGAUCCUUUUUUUUUCCUACAAAAUGGAAUUCAGUGGUGCUCAGAAAUAUUGGAUCCCCACUUUGAGCAAACGUCUUUAAGUGCAAACAAUUGUAUAUAGAUUUUUUUUUUCUUCAAGAGGCCAGGAUCCAGGACUGAACAGUUCUGUUUAGAAUCAGUUAGUGCUGACCAGAUGCAUCGUUAAGGCACUGCCCCUGGUUUUGAGUAAGUCUUGAUAGCAGUGCCCGGAGCUGCUGUUCAUGUUUGGCUCACAGUUGACCCAACUGUGGCUAUUGUCUUAAAUCGUGAAAAAGACAACUUCUAUAACUUAUUAGUAUUUUGCAAUGCUGUGUGUAAGAUGAGACGUCCGUCAUUUUUAUUUGUGACUGAAAUUUUCCCGCAGUUAUUGUCUUGCCUUCAAAAAACCGGCCAGAUCUUAAAUUUCAGGUCGGUUCUUUCUCAGCACACUUUCGACUGUCCUGUAGAGCUGGGGGUUAUUCUGGCGCUGGUCCCUGUACUCAAGGCGAGGCGAGCGAUCGUGUUUAUUAUUUCACAAAGUGUGCUUGUGUGCCCGUCGGUCUUGGGACAUCCUGUGUGCCUCUGGCGAGAGUGAAAGACACUCCAUCUCCUCCAGGUGGCGCUGAUGCCCCUGUCCGGCACUGCAGGGGGGAAUGGUUUGGAUCAGGAGGCAAGUCAGAGAAGUGUCUUGCAGGAGCAACUUCUGACUUAGCAUGCUAUUGUAAUACUACAGAUGAUUCCACAUUUCCUUGUGAAAUUGUGAUGAACUGCUGAAUGGCACAAAUGAAGAACCCCGAACUGGGUACUUUCCGCUUCUACUAAGAGACUGGUUAAAUCUCAAUUCCGACAACCUAGCUGAUAGAUAAUGAGUUCCAAAACCAGGAGCUGGCAUAAAGUGCCUUGGAGGUUUGCCCUGAAUCAGGGCUACAUGGAGAGAGAGCACCCUAGGAGGCGAGCACGUGCUCCUCCAGAUUUCCAGCCAGGUUGAAAUCUGACCUUGUAGGUUAGAUCCAAAGUUCUCUUUACUUCUGUCAAAAAAACACAGUAAGUGUCCUAGUGCUUAUUGCCUGCAGUAAUUGCCCCUUACUGGGCAUUGUAGUUUGUACCAGGUCUACCUGCAGGUGACAGUUCUGUAAUGUUUCUGAUAAGGUUUGAAACCAAAAUCCCAUACGACGGACUUGAGGGGAAUCAGGUCAGCGAUUCGCCUUGGUGUAACGCAUUGCAGGGCACUGACAGCGGUCCCCUUGAGAGUGAAGUAAGAAAAAAAAGAGUUUUCAGAAGAUUGCUGUGGCCACCAGGAUGGAGAGGAUGACAAAUCCAAGAAGCAGCAUCUUCAUGAUCAAAAAAUAACUCGGAGCUCAUGAAGCCCUCUGCCUGCUCAGUUCUCUAGUGGCAGUAGCAUCUAGAGGGACAGUAAAACAUGGCCUCCUAAUUCUACAUGAUCUCAAUUUGUUCAGUAUUUUAAAAACGUUACAUAGAUGAAUUCUCAAGAACUACAGUCAAGCACUUUACUAUUUAAGAGACAUAAUUGGAAUAUUCAGUGUUAUUACGGCUGUAGCACACCCUGUAUCAUAAUCCAAGCCACUCAGUCAAAGCAGGCCAGAACAGAGGUGACACCAGAUGUUCUUCUGAUGCAUAUUAUCAGCAACAUAUUUGUCAAGAUAGAAACAUGUGCCUAUUUCAGCAUGAAGAAACCUAGCCCCUGCUUAUAGGUAUCUUUUUCCAUUUGUCCUGUUUGUUUUGGAUCUGGAACAAGGGAUAUGGACAGCGUUAAUGCCUUUCUGAAUAUACAGUAGGAGAAUGCAGUGUUUGUUCUUUUUCUAGUGAGCACAGAUUGACCUGAAUCAGCAUUAUUCCAGUGAGAGUCUUCACCGGUUUGACAGUUCUGAGAGUAUUUGCACUGAACGGAUGUCACAAAGAAAAGCCAUUUUUGGACGCUCAGAUUUUUUUUUGUCCAGCACCAGUCCACUCCCCGCGCGCCCCCCGGCCGAAACGCGAUCCGAUCUGCAGUGAUCGCGCGGCGGUCUGGCCGUGCGGCUGCCUCUCUGGGACUGUUUGUGCCAGCCAUUUCUUUCUCGUGUCUCGUGAGGGGGUUCUCCGCACCACAUCCGUACUUGUACCAAAGAGUGUUCUUCUCCGUUUUCCCAAAGAACGAGUGUUGGGGUUCGAGGGGGCAAAGCCUUCAUUUUGACUUCGCUGAUGAGCUGAAGUGAGAAUGCGGAAAGGCGUUCUGUGUUGGAGACGGUUUGCUUGGCUUGCCUCCUCCUCGCUUCCUCCCCCCGAAAAAAAACACGAUUUUCUUCCUGAGACGGUGUUAUUCCAGUUGCUUCCAGUAUUUUGUACAUUAAGUAAAAUGUUCGCUGAGUUAGAGAAUGGGGGGGCUAAGGAUAAGAGGAUUCAUUUCUCUCCUGCCUGUCAAAUCUAGCAUUUAUUUUGUCAGAAAUGCACUUUUUUAUGAAUGUAGGUAUUUUUUGUGCCUUUGUUAGCUUUUGGCUUUUUUUUUUCACAAAAAGAAUCAUUAAUGUGAAGCCUCUUUUUCUCUUUAUUUAUACCCUAGAGUUCAUUAAUAGGAUGAUGUGUUUUUUAUAUAUAAAUAUAUUUUUGUUAUAUCGACUCUAGACAGUUGGAUGAUGUUUCUAAUGACAGUUUCUAAUGAUGCCUUAAGAAAUAUGAUAUAAGAAAAACAGAAGCAGCUGGUUUUGCAGAGAUUAUGCUGAGGGAUUAUUUGUAGUGUUAAAAAAACACUGGGUCAAACGAGCUCUGUAUUCCCUGUGAGUGCUGUACAGGUCUGUGAGGGGUGUCCAAUUUAUGUAGCAGCCGAACCAACAGUCCCACUGAAGAUCAACCCUUCACUAGACAGCAACUAAAAGAUGGGAGUCCUGUGAGGUCCAGUCCUGUUAACUGGACUGUACCUGUCAAAAUAACUGGAUCAAGUCAGACUUUAACCAACCCAACAGUCACAAAUUCCACUGCUCAGUCCUGGGAGACUUUUCCUCCUCGCGCUCCUCAUGUGUGGAAUUGCCAAUUGUUUCAGCACCUUGCCUUGCUGUUAAAACAUCUUCAGCAGCAGUGAAAAAAAGUGCGCACACACACACAGCAACCAAAACACGCACCACCAGCUUCAGGUGAAGGACUUGGAACAGCAGGCUCUAGGGACACUGCGAGCUUGCGGGCACCCAUGGGAGUCACCGUAGAGAGGCACACCAAGGGACCGUGCAGUCCCAUAACCGCAGUGGCACGGACCAAACAAUGCUCUGCGGCUUGGGGAAUUGUGGGUACACUGCACUAAUGACAUAGCUCAGACCUGAAGAGGCAAUCUCCAGGUUACAAAGCUCUGCCCACAGAGCCAUUUCCCCAUUGGGUCACUUGGAAAGGCGAUGACAGUGUGCUAAAAGAGGGUUUCUGGGGUUUCAUUUGUGACGGGGAGGCUGAGAUGGGCUUCUACUGCCUUUCGACCCUGUAUUGGAUAAAGCAGUGAGAAAAUGGAGGGAUGGAUUCGAGCCAUUUAUUGAAUGAGGACAUUGGAACAAACACCACAGGGACACAUAGCCUCAAACUUCAAGUGGUCUGGGGCAGCAUGCUGUAUCCAUGCCACAGUCUGCAGGAGUUCUGUGCUUUUUUUCUUUUAUUAGCACCUUUGUAAGGUUCUACUGUUUUCUUUCUGUUAAAGAUCAUUUGGGACAGUUGACUGAAUGUCUUGUGGCUCAAUCAGUGAGCAUGGUGCCGAACACAUCUGCCCAAUAAUCUCUGAGCACUUUUAAAGUUCUCAAACAGACGAGGGAGAGAUCUCUUGACAGCCAAACCACCCUUUCAAUGAAUGCUUUGGACACUGUUGUGCUACAGUGAAGCUUCUCCAAAUGUUUUCUUCAAAACAAGUUUCAAACGGCGUGUUUUCGUUCAUCACAGUUGCAGUGUUAUUUAAAAAAAGAAGCCGACUUCUUCUACAAUAGGGGGAAUUGUUUUAAAACAAGUGCUUAUGAAUGGAGCACCACCAUUGUAGUGAAACUUUCCGUCAGUAGGCUCCACAGCAUUUUGAAAUUGGGCUUGAGGCUGCUGAAGUAUCUUUGAGUUUUAGGCGGCAAUUACAGGGGAUACCAGAGCAACAUUUCACCCAGCGUGACGAUUCUGUUUAGCCCAGGGUUGGGGGACCUCCUGAGUGCCUGUUUUGUGCUGACUAUAACCUUGCAGUCAGAAGUCUUUCACCUCGAGUGAACAUCCACUCGUAUCAGUUUUUUUCUAUUAUUUCCGCUGCUCAACAUGGUGAUGGUUAAGUUUAAAAUUCCUUGCCAUCAAAGGAAUCUUUUCUUUUGAAGUGCUCGAUAUCUUCCAAGGAAUGUCAGUGUUGUUUGAGACCCUGGAUUACUCAGAAGAAUAUGGACCAGUAGUUUAAAUAUGUAUAUGAAUAUAUAAGGAUAUAUAUAUCGACAGGGGGCUUGCAGUGCAAAGCCAGCCCAGUGUAUCAACAUUUAUUUACAAUAAAAUGGUUCAAUAUGCCUA